AGGCCAAGCUAGUGCCCACACUGGACCCAUCGUGUGCGCCACGCCACUCCUGCCCCUGCUUACCUACCUCAUCUACCUACCUACCCACCUACCUACCUCACCUUCGUACCAACCUGAUCUACCACCUGUUACGUUUGCCUCAAACUACCUACCCUCUCUACUUACCUGUCUACCAAGUCCACCUAUCUACUACUCUACCUCUUCUCUACCUCCCUAUCCACCUUCCCAUCUACUACAUACAAGAUCUCUAACCUCUGACCUCUUAUAAUUACCCAUAUAUGCCCCUAAUUACCAGUGACAGUUCGUAAUAUUCUAAGUCAACAGACGAAAACAAUAUGAUUCCUUUGUGUCAACAACUAUGGUGACGUUAACCUAUCUGAAAAUGAGUGUCUGUGUGAGUGUGUUAUUACAAUGCGUGUAGCUGGGUGUUACUACACCUGUGUGUAGCUAGGUGUUACUACACCUGUGUGUACCUGGAUGUUACUGCACCUGUAUCUACCUGGGUGUUACUACACCUGUGUGUAGUUGGGUGUUACUACACCUGUGUGUAGCUAGGUGUUACUACACCUGUGUGUACCUGGAUGUUACUGCACCUGUAUCUACCUGGGUGUUACUACACCUGUGUGUAGCUGGGUGUUACUACACCUGUGUGUAGCUGGGUGUUACUACACCUGUGUGCAGCUAGGUGUUACUACACCUGUGUACUUGGGUGUUACUACACCUGUGUCUACCUGUUUUACUACACCUAUGUCUACCUGUGUUACUACACCUGCAUGUACCUGAGUGUUAUUACACCUGUGUGUCGUUGCCUGUUAUUACACCUGCAAGGACAGUCUACAGAUAAUCAACUGAGGACAUUAGAUUCGCACAGAAUCUUCAGCUCAGGUUGAACAUAAUUUAGCUCCCAGAAUACUGAGGCGUGGUGAUGGUAGCCGUGGGCGUGGAGAGUGUAGCAGCGUGGGCUGCGGGCGUGGCUAUAACACUGGCUCUGGCCAUUGUCUUCCUCGUCUCCAGCAUCCUCAACACUGUCUUCCUCAUUAUCUUCUUCAGGAGACCAGCUCUCCGCAGUAUCUCAAACAGGUUCAUCGUGAGCCUGACAGUGUGCAACCUGCUGGCGUCGUGGUUGUUGCUACCGCUGGUGGUGGCUGACACCUUCCUGCCGGUGUGGGAGUCUGCGUCGUUCUGCCGAGCCAUGGAUGCCGUGGCGGAAUUGGUGGCGUCAGCGUCAGUGUUCGCCACGCUGCUCAUCGCCGUAGACAGGUUCUGCGCCAUCACUGACCCCCUGCACUACCACAUGUUGGUCACGAGGCACAAGAGUCUCUCCAUGAUCUUCCUGGGGUGGCUACUGGCAGCUCUCAUCGCAGUUGCUGCCUCCCUCGGUGACCUCUCCGGCAGGAGCUGGAAGGUGUGUGGGCCGGCAGCAAUGACUACCACGACAGACGACCCGUGGACGUACCGGUCGUACUUCGUGGUGGCCAACAUGGUGGUGUCGUUCACGGUGCCCAUGAUGCUGCUGGUGUGGAUCUACAUCCGCAUCUACCACGCCGCCCACAAAAACAGCGAGAGAACCCGAAGGAACUCUCUGUGUGGCAUUACCCUUGAUGCUGUCACUGCCGCCAGAGGACCCUCCAGAACUCCGUCUACGAGGUCCACCUCAUCACAGAUCGUGACGAACCUCCGUCACCGCAUCAGCAACGCCUCGCUCUUCCUGCACAAGGAAGAGUCUCGGGCAGCCAAGAUCUCUGUGGUGGUAAUCGUGCUCUUCUUCGCCUGCUGGCUGCCAUACUACGCCGCCGCCCUCCUCCACACCGCACUCCUCCAGGUGUGGGUGCCGGGUGCAGCGCAGAGCUUGGUGCUGCUGCUGGCUCUCAGUAACUCUGCUGUGUCGCCCUACGUCUACCUCUACCGCUCCCGCAGGAUUCAGCGGGAGGUGCGCCGCCUGCUAGGUCUGCCCCUCAGCACCAAGACCAGCGGUGGUUCCUAUCGCCGCCGUCCUCACUCUGGCCUCCAGCUGCAGAUGAUCCCGCCCUCCCCCACCAUUCCCGACGCCAACUUUGACAGCGGGAUGAACCCCUACGUGGUCAUUCGUAGGGGCCAGUUGGCGCCACACCGCUCCCCCCUUGCAGCUAUACUAACUAAGCUUUUUCGUGCGAAGGGAUUCGCCUGGGAGUCCUGGAGGGACUCAUUUACCUCCAGCACUUCAUCGUCUACCGUCACAACGUCCACCUCGAGUGCUUCCACUUCCUCGGGCGCCACCACCGACGCCUCAAACACUGAGAGUGAGAGCAUGUUACCGCGCGUGGCUCUGGCGAAGACAGAGUCAUGACAGAGUGAGUUACCUGUGCAAGCCACUCUCCAUCCCCCACACCUCCUCCUCCUCCGGCACUCCGGAAGCAAAAGGUGCAAGCCUUCCCCUCCUUCCUUCCUACCCAGAAUCUCAGGUCACAAGUCAGACUCAGGGACUAGAAACUGCAGCUCCGCAUCACGCAGCAUCGACGGCACCCCUUCCGACACCAACUUCCUUUCAAGAAACAGAAAAUUCCGACCAAUCGACAUUCACAUCCGAGCAAACAUCCCUGACGCUCGACAAAAUAACUCCGGAUCCCGAACAGCAACCAAAACAAAGAGCACUAUCAUUCAACUAUCUAACUCCCUCAGCCACUCAGUCAACUCCCCCAGUCACUCAGUCAACUCCCUCAGCCACUCAGUCAACUCUCCCAACCACUCAAUCAACUCUACCAACCACUCAGUCAACUCCCCUAAACACUCAGUCAACUCCCCUAAACACUCAGUCAACUCCCCUAAACACUCAGUCAACUCCCGCAACAACUCAGUCAAUUCCUUCACCCGACCAACCAACUUCUUCACAAGACUGAGUGACUCAGCGACCAUCACGACGACUCCACCAGGAACCAUCCCGAAGAUUGCCGAAAAGAAUAUUCACCCCCGCACUAAUGAAGAUGCAGUGCAAAGGGAGGUGGUGGCUAGUUGGUUCAUCCCAGUCUUCAGGCCACAGUUCAAGCUCCUCUCCACUGCUGCCGUCGUCAGUAGCUGCUGAGGUGGAAGAAAGCGUCCCUCGCCUCUUCCUCUCACAUUCAGCUACCGAAGAAGGCACAUAUCUCUCCCUUAUCUGUUGAAGAGGUAUCGCUUAUCACUUUGUUUCGUUUAAAGCCUAUCGACUGAGCGAUUGUCAUCAAGGCAACAAACUAACUAGUCACUAAAACAAGGAUAUUUUCUUUCGUAAAAUAGGGAAGACAGUCAAUUCACUGUGCAUACACCAUGAGAUACAUUUCAUCACCUGAGUGUUUAAUUUUAAUUACCGGUUGACUGAAGACCUUAUUCUUUCCUUGAGCAAGGAGCAUUAAACAUGACCUGAUUCAGGACAGAACUGACGCGCCUUGCUGUUGAAGGUGGAAGAUCUCCCUUCAAAAUGCUGAGUGAGGGAUUUCCUCUGCCUUCAAGACUCCAGACUUCAAGACUUCCAGACUACGAAAAUUUGUACCUGUGCCAGUCCUAUACCUCAGCUGGAUUAGUUGAAACUGUUGGUGCUGCUUUCAAGUCAUACAUGUGUGUCGUGUUUAGUGUUCAAAAAACUGUUGGGUGCUGCCUCGCUGAAGGAACAGCAGUGACCUUGCCCGAAGUUUCUUUAAAAUGUCUACGAACUCAAAAAUUAUGUGCAUUAAGUCUGACAGUUUAUCCAGAAGCUCUCAUAAAUAGUUCAGAAACUCAAAACAAAUUAUAGAAAACUUUACAAAUUACCGCCAAAGUUAACCAGAUACUCGAAGAAUUUCCAGAAACUUAUGAGGAGCCCAGAAAACACUGUUUACAAACUUGCAGGUUAUGUGGUGGCUCUCAAUUUAAGUUUUAUAUGCAUUAAUUUAGUUAUUAAGCUUUUGUAUUUGAAGGCGAUUAAUAUGUGCCUUAUGACUCAGGAGGUGUGUCCAUCUCUUUUUCUCUCCCCUCUUAUUUUUUUUUUUAACUUCCCCCCCUUCCUCUUUUUCUCUGUUUGCCUUGACGUGGCAUCGGUAAAUGCUCAACGCUUUUGAAUGAUCUUAUUUAUAUGAAUUGAUGUGCUGCUGUGACGUGCACAGGGAGAAGUGUAGUGACUUCGAUGGUAACACUGUCUUAUCAAUUAUAAGGAAUGUAGCCAGUGUUCUGGCAUCACUGCUCCGGGCCUGCCGCGAGUGGCACAGUGGCCUUGAUGGCACCGCUCAUCUCUAAGCCAUCAUUGCCCACUCACCUCCACUGAUACCCAUUCACUACCACUGAUGCCCAAUAUCAUCAUCACUACUCUUCCCUGGUGGCUACAUGGAUGAUUCUUUUUGUAUCUUGUAAAUACUCCUAAUAUUUAGUGCCUUAAUGGUUGUUUUUGUAGUCAUGCAUAGCUGUAUAGUUUGUGUGUGUGUGUGUGUGUGUGUGUGUGUGUGUGUGUGUGUGUGUGUGUGUGUGUGUGUGUGUGUGUGUGUGUGUGUGUCUGUGUGUCUGUGUCUGUGUGUCUGUGUGUCUGUGUGUGUGUCUGUGUGUGUGUCUGUGUGUGUCUGUGUAUGUCUGUGUGUGUCUGUGUGUGUCUGUGUCUGUGUCUGUGAAACGUUCAAAACCUGCUGUUGGUUUUUAAAAUUCGACGAAUGUACAGUUGCAAAGCGUCAAAUUAUUUUCAGAUCAAUUAAAGUACUGAAGCUCCUCAUGAUUAUUGAGCUGAAUUUUACAUCUUAUAAAAGAAUUAACGAGUUUCGUAUUUGCAAGAAGAUCAAUGAAGUUGAAAUAUACACAGAUACAAAGAAAAACUUUUAUUCAGACACUGUACAAACAAAUCUGUUCAGCAGGCUUGUUGAAGUUCGACGUAGCUUCCACCGCUUGUAUGAUGUGAUAUGUGAGAGUCUCCCAGUGUAUCUCAGUUCUACAAAUCGACUUAAGUUUACUUUAAGUCGACUCUUGUGGUUUCUACCCUGUGGGGUCUGGGUAUUUUGAAUUUGUUUCUUCUCAAAUGGAAAACGGGAAAAAAUACCUUGCCUUGUCCUGCCUCAACACUGCCAUUGUUUUUAAGGAUAACCCCACGUGCCUUUGUUUACAAACAUGACGUCACGUGAUUUCAUCCAAGCAUGAACGUCACGUGACGUCACAAACAAAACAAGUUACCUGUCUUGAUUAGUCAUCGAUUGGCCGUGUGUGUAAUAUAUAUAUAUAUAUAUAUAUAUAUAUAUAUAUAUAUAUAUAUAUAUAUAUAUAUAUAUAUAUAUAUAUAUAUAUAUAUAUAUAUUACACAGACUUUUGCAUGAUUUAACUAGAUUUAGGGGUGUAUGUGUUAUAGAGUAUAUAUACCAAGAGAUGUACAUUUCUUAGUGUAUAUACAAUGAAAGUUUGCUUAAUCCCAAUUUCAGGGAUUGAAGCAUUCUUAUUAACGUUAGUGUGCAGGUGACUUGCGGCCAGAAUGACCCAGCUGCGGUCGAUAGGCCUCGAACCUGUUUGUGGGUACACGCAAAUACGUACAUGGUGUGCAGGUGUGUGCGUGUGGCUUAGGUGGCUCACUGAUGCUGCUGCUGAUGCUGCCCGCUGAUCUCUGUAUCUGAUCCCAAAGUUGUUACAGUAAUAAAUUUGUUGAUAAUAA